AUGCGAAACGCCGAACGGAUUGCUGCCGCACGUACAAGAUUUCUAGGUCUGCAAUUGGCUCGUCGUGAUAUUGAGAACCAACAACUGUCUCGCGAUCAAGAGGUCAUUGAACAUCUGAUGGAGAACCCAUACGAGCCCGAAUCAGGUACCAGUGGCAAUCACACAAGCCCCGACACACUGGAUGACGAGUGGUUAACGUUAGUUGCGCCCCUUGAUGAAGACGACGACCUUGAUCGAGCGAUCGAAGCAGACAAGGAGCGUUGGCGACAGGAAGCCCAGCAAUUCAACUGGACAAGCGUUAUGGACCAACUGUUUGCGGUGUACAUCGACCUGAAGGGCCGCACAAAGAACUGGUCUGGUCAAAAUGCGUAUACUCCUUUUGUUAGAUGCAACUGUCUUCCACAAGAAAAGAGAAGUCGCUUUGUGGACAUGGUGGAUAUAUUCAGUAAGUCCCCAUGA